AUGUCGUACGCACAAGCAGCAGCUUCAGGUCCACAACAGACUGAUGAGGAGAAACGUGCCCCUGCCCCACCAUCCGUCAUCCCUACCGAAAGUACCUCUACCUCCUCCUUAAUUGACGUCGACACCGACUCCGUGCACACCGUUCCCUCAGACUUCCAGUCACAACCAAUCCAAACCGAGACACAAGCCAAUCGUCUCGAGCAAGAAGCCGAACAAAUUGAGGCCAAGAUCCGAUCCGCCAAGGAUGUUUCUGCCAAGAAAUCAAAGAAAAACAAGAGCCUUGUUGAAGAGAACCGUCAUAACCCAGUAAUAAUUGGAAAUGCGAUUGCGGUUGCGGUAUUAAGCGCUGGUUUAGGUUUCGGAGCAUAUCAAAAGUACGCUAAAGGGGACUUGACAUGGAAGGUUGUGGGUGUGUGGGCUGGUCUUGUGGGUGUUUUGGCGACUGGAGAUUAUUACUUGAGCUCGUACCUUUUCGAGACUAAGCAGCCAGCCAAGAAGUAA